UCGCGUGCAGAUCACAGAUCGCAAAUAGCCAACAACUUUUCAUAGACUUGGGGAAAAGAUCUCUGAAAGCUGAAAUCGAAUUCGCGGGAGCGUUAAAUCGCGAAGAGGUAGCGGUAUAGUACCAAAAAGUGUGUGUGGGGAGUGAAAAGAAAUGGGCAAGUGGAGAUGUUGAUCGGCUGAAAUGUGCCGGAGUGAAGAGUUGUAGAUGAAAAACAACAACAAGUGCGUGCGAAUAUUGAAUUGACAUCGAAACUCCGUUAAAGAAAAAAUAAGGCGAAAUAUCAAAACCCAAAAAAAAGAUACAAACAAUAGAUUGUUAUUGUGGCUGCUGAAAACGAGAAUGAAUCAAUAAAACCUUUGAAAACUAACAGUAAACUUGAAAAGUGGCACAGCAUCAGCAAAAAAAAAAUACCAAAACAGAAAGAGAUUUUUAGCAUUUCAUUUAAAUAUGGUUAGUCACCGGAAAGAGUGCCUACUGUGGCUGCUGAUCGCCAUUAGUGGCUGCCAGCUAAUUGCAACUCAGCAGCUGCAGGGGCCACCGCGUCCCAGGGGGCGUAUACGUAUUGCGGAUAUGCAAAUUCCCGCUUCAGCCGGUAGUGGAGCAUCUGUGAAUCCUGCCUUGGGAAACUGGCCCAGUCUGCCCGCAGGCGGUCCCAUCAGCUCCACUGUGCACACCCACAUCCCGCUGUUGCGCGAGGAGAGCGCCCCCCUGCCCGCCACGCCCAGUCAGGAGGCGGUGGUGUACGGCAACUGGAAGCCGGAGCAUCCGGAGAAGCCCGAGAAUUCGGAGACGGAACUGGAGUCGGAUCAGCAGCCCAGGGAGCGCGUCUACGGGCGGCUGGAGGCCAUGCUCAUGGGAUUGCCGGCGGAUGGUGUUGAUGCCAAGCCAUCGAGUUCCAGUGAAGAGCUGACGGCUCCCAUUGCGCCUGGUGGGUAUCAGAACCCCUCACUUGUCCAGUCGGCCAGCUUCGAGAGAUCGCCGGAGAAGCACGGACGGCGAAGGAUUACCACCCAGCAGGCGCCCCACCAGUUCGAGGUGGUGAACAACACGGAUCCGAGGCUGAGGGCCAUGGCCAAGCAGAUCAACGAGUCCGUGGAAACGACGACAACAACGAAAACUCAGAGGAACUCCCAGCACUCCGGCGACGACAGCUGGAUGCCGCUGCCGUAUCCCUAUCCCUACGACACCACAGUGCCAGCGCCUGCGUCCACGAGCUCCUCGAUGCCGGGAUUCAUGCAAUCCUCGGUGGUGCAUCCACCGGCACCCACGCAGGCCACUCGUUCCACGGCGGGACUACUCAACUGGCCCACUGACUUCAUCGACAGCACCGCCCGAGCACCGGCGAGCACCGAAAGGAUGGACGUGGACGGGAGUCUCCAGGUGAGCAUCGACAGACGCGAUGAGAGCGUCUCCGAUCCGGCGGAUGAGUACAAGUACUACGAGGACUCGCUCAACUCCGCCCAGAUGCACAGCGAACUGAGUGUGCCGGAGACGGUGCCACUGAAUAUCACCCGGGUGGGCCUUCCCUACGAGGAUCGCAAUGCCUCCGAGGAGCCGACCAUUUGUGUGCCACUCACCGUCUCGGAGACAUCCCUCUCCUCCGACAGCAUAGUGCCCCAGGUGGUGGAGGUGGAGCGGGUCUACUGCUUCCCGCUGCCCAAGGUGGAGGUGCGACCGGGUCAUGUGCGUCCGCAGGUGGAGCAGGUGACGCGGGAGCAGGAGAUCCCCGAAGCGGAUAUGGAUUUGCAACCAACGGAGUCGGCAAUGCCCGAUGAUUUCACUGCCGGAGCCAGUCGAAGAUCACUUGGCCACCUCACACUACUCCUCAUCGUUGGCUGGAGCUUCUGGCCAGGAUUAAGAACUUAGAAUUAGGAUCGCUUGACCUAAA